AUGGCGACUGGGCGAGCGCUGGCGGCAGAGAUGCCGGGUCGCUGCGUGGGGCCCAGCAGGUCCGGGCGGGCGGCUCGGCGGCCGUGGGGGAAGAGAAGGGUUGCAGGGACGUCUCGAGGAUGUGGAGCCCGGCGCCAGGCGAGGUCCUCGGUGGGCGAGACGCGCUGUGCGGGUGCAGAGAGGUUGCAGGACCGUCGGCGGCCUAGGGGAAGGAGACGAGCUGUGCAGACAGCCGGCCCCGCGCGCGCGGACGAGGCUUCGGGGACGCCUGGGGUCGUGGGCUCGAGCGAGGCUGCAAGCGACCCAGGGGCUGUGUGGGUGAACGGAGCUGUGAGGCAGCCCGAGGUGGUGGGGCCGGCCGGGUCCGUGUGGGUGACCAGGUCUGGGGAGGACGAGUCGGACGACAGGAGUCCCCGGGUGUGCGAGAGGAAAGGCCGUCCGGGCUCGGUGGGGCACGAGAGCAUCCUGGAGCUGUGGCUGAAGGUGCAGGCCAUGAGGGCAGCGUCAGGAUGCGGGCAAGGAAGCCGGGUGGAGCUGCAUCCCAUGCCUGCAGGAGAGGGGCCGGUGGAGAGGGGUGUCCCUGGCCGGGCGUCCUGGGUGGAGACGAGCCGCUGCGGGCUCACGGGGCCCUGGGUGAAAAGCCAGGCCAGGGCCUUCCCGCGGGCCGCCGUGCCGUCCACGGCGGACCGGUUAGGAGGUGGCCAGAGAGCCUCCUGCGGCUGUGGGCAGGGCCAAGCCGGGAGAGUGCCUUCUUUUGUGGGUGCUGCUGGGGCUACAGAGACGCGUUCUGGGGUUGCCCCACACCUGUUGGAGAGGGGACAAGCUGCAGGCGUGCCUAAGGCUGGGGGGGUCCCAGGCCCCUGGGGAAAAGGGCAGCCCGAGGGAGUGCCUGAGGCUGCGGUGUGGGGGAGAGGCUGUGGGGGGACCCCGGGUCUGUGGGGGAGGGGGCCGCUAGGGCAGGUUCCUGGGGCCCUGGCCCAAGAGGCCACCUGUGGGGAUACUCCAGGUUUGUGGGGAAGGGAACAGGCCAUGGGCGUGCCUGAUACUGUGGGGGUCCCCAGAGUUGGGGAAGAGGAAGCAGCCUCUGUGGGGGUCCCAGGCAUGUGGCCUGGGAGGCAAGAUGAGGCCGUGGGCUCUGGGGGAAUCCCUGGCUGGUGGGGCACGGGACAGCCCACUGGGAUGCCUUGUGUUGUGGAAGAGGAGGCUUGCUGCGGGAGUGACCCUGAGCUCAGGGGAAGGGGGCGGGCCAUGUGGGUAGAGACAGGCUCUGGGGGCGGCCCGGAGCCCUGGGGAGCUCUACGGACCGGGGAGCCGUCUAGUCCCGGUGGACAGGAGGCUGGUUCUGGGGGUGCCCCGGGCCUGUGGAACAUGGAACAGGCCACGGCAAUCCCCAGGGCUUUGGGGAGGGACACAGGGCUGUGGGGAGCAGAGCAGCCAGUGGAGGUGUCGCAGGCUGCAGUGGUAUCAGGAGCCAUGGGAGAAGAGACCAGCUCUGGUGGUGUGGCGGGGCUGUGGGAGAGGGAGCAGGCUCUGGGGGUGCCUCCAGAGGUGCCGGGGCUUGUCGGGGGGGAGGUGUACAGUGGGGAUGUGUGGGAACGGGGGCAGGCCACCGGGGAGCAGGAGGCUAGCUGCGGGGACGGCUCCUGUCCGUGCGGGGGGAGGCGGGCCAGAGAGGGGUCUGAGACAGCUGUGGGUGUGCCCAGGCACAGGGGUGCCACCACGGGGGGCUGCGCAGCACUGGGGGUGCCUGCCACAGUGCCUGCCGCCGUGUGGGCAGCUGACCCCAUGUGGCAGGAGGGCAGCUCCAGACGCGCGCCGAGCCUAUGGAGGAUGGCUCAGGCUGCCACAAGACCCCCAGUGUCGGGGGGCCCUGUGGAGCGGGAGCCUGGCUCCGGGGCUUUCCUGGGCUCCUGGGGGAGGAGACAGGCUGUUGGGGUCCCUCUGGUUCCUGAGGUGCUUGGACUUGUGGGGGAGACCGGCUCUGAGGAUGUCCCAAGGUGCUGGAGAAGGCGGCAGAGUGACAGGGUUCCCAUGGCCACUGAGGGGCCCGCAGCUCCCGGGACACCUGCUGCUCUGGAGGCGGAGACUGAGUCUGGGGGUCUCUCAGACCUCCUGGGAAGGAGGCCGACCACUGGAAUACCUGCGACGGCAGGGUUAGCCCCAGCCGGGGGGGUGCCCGUGGCUCCCAGGACCCCUGGGCCCGUGCAGGAGGAAGCUGGCUGUGGAGGCUUCUUCGGUUUGUCAGGGAGGAGGGACAAUGUGGAGGGCCGAGCGGAUGCCAAGGGCCCCAUGAGGGUAGGGCUGCCCACCCCUGCGAGGUUGCCUGGGCCCGAGGGGGCGAAGAGCGGCUCAGGAGGCAUCUCGUGCUUACUGGGAGGGAGGCCGGCUGCAGGGGUGCCCGUGGCUGUGGGGGCCGAGGGACUCUCAGGGUGUGUCCUGGACCCAUUAGGGAGAAGAGAGACUGCCGAGGUGCCUGCGGUUGCCCUGGGGGUGCCCGUGGCUUCUGGGGUCCCCGGGUCGACAGUGGGGUGUGCUAGCUCUGAGGGGAGCUUGGGCAUGUGGAGAAGGGGGCCAGCCACUGAGAUGCCCACUGCUGCUGGGGUUCCUGGGCCUGUAGGGGGGGAGAUGGCCUCCGGAGGCGUCUCCAGCCUGUGGGGGAGGAGACACAGUGGGGCAGCCCCUGGGGCUGUGAGGGGGUCUCUGCCUGUGGGGGUGCUCGCGGCUGUAGGUGUGCCCACGGCGGGGCGUGCGCCUGCUGCAGUGUGGGUGACCGCGUCCACAGCGGAAGAGGCAGGUGUGGAUGUCUCAGACUUGAUCGUGGGGCGGACUCAGGCCACAGAGGGAGCGGGGCCUUCACAAGAGGGUGCUCAGGGACGGGCAGGGAGGGGCCGGGCCGUGGAGGUAUCUCCCAGCUGUGGGCAUGGGGCCAGGCUGUGGAGCUUCCCUCGGCCUGUGGGGGAGGCAUUGGCCUCGGAGAGCAUGCCGGGAGCGUCAGGGACAAGUACAGCUGUGGGCGGACCCCUAGCUUCCAGGGACGAAACGGGCCCGAGCCGUUUCAGAGAUGGUCUCCAGCAGAAUGGGGGGAGGCAGGUUGGAGGAGUGUGUGGCCUCAGAGUGAGGGGGCGUGGUUUGGGAGAGACUUACGUCGGGGAGGACAGGUUGAGGGGGCCAGUGCAGUAGUGUGUGUAGAG